GCACCCCCGUUGAUUAUCUGUAAGGUGCCUCCUAUUUGACCAGAUGGUGUGUUUUGCACGUCAGAUAUCAGACUAGCCAUUCCGUGUGUAUAUAUCUAAUAACUAACAGUUUACUAGUGUUGGUCUGAAAACAGCGGAUAAAAUGCCACCAAAGAGGGACGCCGAGUUGGAGACACAGGCUCUGGACUGGAUGGAAGCAAUCAUGGGUGAGAAAAUCGAUAGAAGUAAACCAUUUGAAGAUGUUUUAAAGGAUGGAAUUAUUCUCUGCAAUUUUAUGAAUAAAAUGAUGCCUGGAUGUAUUAAAAAAAUUGACAAAAAAGGUGGAGGUUUUGCUUUGAUGCAGAAUAUCGAACGAUUCAGUGAUGCAGCCAGGAAGUAUGGUGUUCCUCCUAAUGAACUUUUCCAGACAGUUGAUUUAUGGGAACGAAAGAACAUUCCCCAAGUGACGUUAUGUAUUCACGCACUUGGUAGAAUCGCCCAGACGAAACCUGAUUGGACAGGACCAGUACUGGGACCAAAGAUGGCCGAAGCACACAAGAGAGAGUUUACUCAGGAACAAAUGGAAGCUGGGAAAUAUAUACAUAGUUUACAAAUGGGUUCUAAUGAAGGGGCCAGUCAAGCUGGUAUGAACAUCGGAAAACCAAGAUCAAUUAACGACUAAAUUAUUGUACAUUGAUUAUCAUAAUAUAUAAAAUAUUGUAAUUAGGUCUGAUAUAUUAUGUUAUAUACGCUAUAGUGUGUAUGUAUGCGUAGGUUAUCAUGAAUGUAGAUUUAGAAGUCUCUGGAACACCUGAUAUCACUUCCCAAGUAGGGCAUCGGCAGUCCCAACUUACUCUUCUUGAGGAGGGUCCAUAUUAUUAUGAUUCACGGUUUGAUUUUCGGAGUUUUAAUUGUAAAGUAAAAACUUAGCUGACAACCACACCCGAAAUACGCCAUAAGCCUUUGAAAAUUUAGGGGGCGGUUUACACUACAAAAGGCAUUAAUAACAUAUAUCAGUAUUAUAUUUCGAAACAACAAUUUAAUCAAAUCGAUUUUAUCCUACCACUAAUUGAAACAAGACAUCAGAUCUCUUUUGGUUCCGAUUUGCAUAUAAUUGAAAUAUGAACUUAAAUGACUUGAAUAUGCUAAAAUGAAAUAUAAGUGUCGAUUUAAGUAUAUCUGAUAUGUAUUUCAUUCGCAUUGGCGAAAGUUUAACUUAAAUGAGUAAAUAAAUCGGCUUUCGCGUUAUGUUUCAAAACAAUUUAAUCGAAUAGAUUAUAUCCUACUACCAAUAUAAACAACAUACCAGAUCAACUCAAAUCAAUGAGGUUUAGCUGGUUUUAUGUUUUACUGUGGUGUAAAUUGAUCAGAUGUUAGUUUGGAGUAAACAAAUAAUAACCGUCUUAAAUCAGUGUUCUAUUAUAUAUUAUGUUAUCAUUGUUCUUCACGAUUCUGUUUGUUCUCUUGUCUAUCGGUAGAUUAAAUUGAAACAUAUCAACACA